AUGGCUACAUAUCAGAUUCCUGCUCCAUCAGCUAUGUCUGUUAAGGGAGACGUGGCGGAGAAUUGGAAGGACUUUGAAAACUCGUGGGAGUAUUACGUCAUUGCAAUCGACUUCAGGUCUAAAAUGGAGGAAGUUAAUGGGAAAGAAAUUAUUGCAGCUACACUCUGCACUGUAAUGGGAGGAGACUGCAAAAGAAUCAUGAAUUCCCUGCCAAGCCUCUCCGCCGAGGACAAGAAAGACCCGGCUAAGAUCAUAGAGGAACUGAAAAAGCACUUUAUACCCCAACGAAAUGUCCUUUAUGAGCGCUUCAUCUUUAACUCCGGUUCUCAGAAACCAGGUGAAACAGUUGAUGAAUUCGUGAUACGCCUAAGACAACUAGCUAACUCGUGUGAGUUCGGAACACUCAAGGACUCUCUCAUACGAGAYAGAAUAGUGAUUGKUACAAGCGAYGAAGGGGRCCGAGAACGUCUCCUGAKGGAAAGACCUGUACCCAACCUAUCGAAGGUCAUCGACAGUCUACGUGCGUGUGAAAUAUCGAGGACGCACAAACUUGUCAUGACUAAAAAAGAUCCAGACACCGUCAACUACACGGCAGAGAGAAGACGCCCCUCGAACCAGCCUAAGAGACCCAAGAACGGAGGCAAACCUACCGACCGUAAGAAGCCGUUUACACCAAAACCAAAGCAACAGCCAUCAACAGGCAACUGCAGGUGGUGCGGACGAAAGACAGACCACUCUCGUAAAGACUGUCCAGCCAAAGAUGCGAAGUGUCGCCUGUGCAGUAAAAAAGGUCACUUCGCCAUCGCCUGUCUGUCAACAAAUCGCGUCAACGAAGUAGGAAAUGAUGACUACGUUGAAAGCACCUACAUGAUGGGAGAAGUUAGCGGUAACAGAGAUGAAUUCUGGUCUUCAGAGGUGAAAGUCAACGAAAAACUCUGUGAUUUCAAGCUUGACAGUGGCUCAAAGGUCACAGUUGUUGGCGAUCAAACUCCUUGGAUCAAGGGGCUCCGUCUCGAUCCUAUAAAGAGCGAGUUCCGAGGCCCAGGAAAUGUAAAACUGUCUCACCUUUUCAAAGGUCAGAUUACAAAUGCAACUSUARAAGUCGGCGGAAAGAGGCACAACGAGAAUGUGUACGUCAUGACAAACCAAUCAAGUAACUUACUGUCAAAAUCAGCGAUACAAGCACUCCAGUUGCUCAUCCCUGCCCCAGAGGUACACAACKUCGAAAAGGUGCCAGACUUCAGAGCAGAAUACCCGAAGCUCUUCAAAGGCCUGGGAUUGAUGAAAGAAAGCUACACCAUCCCACUCAAGGAAGACGCAGUUCCUGUCUGUUUGUACACACCCCGGCRUGUGCCUCAUCCUCUCCUACAAAAAGUGAAGGAGAAACUUGAAAACAUGGUACGAGAUAAAGUCAUCUCACCUGUGACAGAACCUACCGACUGGUGUUCCGGCAUGGUCGUUGCCCCUAAAAGGAACGGAGACGUGAGGGUGUGCGUGGAUCUAACGAACCUCAACAAAGCAGUCAAGAGGGAAAUCCACCCUAUGGCAAGUGUCGAUGAAAACCUAGCCAAGAUUAGAGGCAGYAAACUGUUUUCUAAGMUCGACGCCAACUCUGGAUUUUGGCAGAUCCCUUUAGCAGAAGAGUCCCGUCUGCUAACCACGUUUGUGACGCCCUUCGGGAGGUACUGCUUUAACCGCCUCCCAUUUGGGAUCAGCUCUGCACCGGAGGUCUUCCAACGCACAAUGUCUUCGGUGCUGGAGGGACUUGAAGGGGUCRUCUGCCACAUGGACGAUACCCUCAUUCACGGCCAAACCCAGGAAGUACAUGAUGCCCGCGUCCGGCAAGUCCUAGACCGACUACAAAAAGCAGGCAUCACGCUAAACGACAAGUGUGAGUUCUCCAAACGAAAGAUGAAGUUCCUGGGCCACGUGAUAUCAGAGAAUGGCGUUGAGGCAGAUCCAGAUAAGACAAAGGCGAUUAGAGAGUUUCCACGGCCUACAAACGUGAAAGAUCUUCAGAGGUUCAACGGUAUGGUCAACCAACUAGCCAAGUUCGUCCCAGAGUUGGCGAMGAUCAACGAGYCACUACGUCAGCUACUGAGAAAGGACCAUGCAUUCCUGUGGGAUCAACCACAAGAACAGGCCUUCCAAGAGAUCAAGCAGAAGCUAACCUCACCUGAUGUGUUAGCCCACUACGAUCCAAGCAAACAAAGUGUUGUCGCUGCAGAUGCGUGCCAGGACGGUCUAGGGGCUGUCUUGCUACAAACUGACACCUCUGGUCUUCGCCGCCCGAUAGCCUUUGCCUCUCGCUCUCUCAAUGACACCGAAAAACGCUACGCCGUCAUUGAAAAGGAGGCUCUGGCAGCAACAUGGGCGUGCGAGAAGUUCAACGACUAYGUCCUGGGCACUGAGUUCACCCUGGAAACAGACCACCGACCACUCGUCCCUCUACUGUCAAGCACAGAUCUUUCCAAGCUACCUCCAAGAAUCCUACGCUUUCGCCUACGUAUGGCAAGAUAUGCACCGGAGGUAAAGUACGUACAAGGAGUACAUCAAUGCACAGCCGACGCCUUGUCAAGAGCGCCAACCAGUGARCCAGACCUAAAAGACCUACAGCUCAUCGAAGAGGUGGAGGAAAUCAGCGAAGCCACUAUUGGAUCUCUCCCAGCUACUCAGCAACGUCUCAACGAGAUCAAGACAGCACAAGACGGAGAUGCAGUCUGCACACAAAUAAAGACUUACUGCCAGGAGGGAUGGCCCGACAUCAUGCCCUCUCAACCACUUCUGAAGCCGUACUGGGAGAAUAAACAGCACCUUACUGUAUCGAAAGGACUGCUCAUGUACAACAGCAGGAUCGUAAUCCCGCAAUCACUCCAGCUGGGAAUGUUGGAGGUUAUCCACGAGGGCCACCUCGGUAUCACUAAAUGCCAAGGUCGCGCCGGUUGCUCAGUCUGGUGGCCACUUAUCACCAAACAGAUAGAGGCCAUGGUAAACCGGUGCCACAUCUGCUCCAGACURCGCCCUGAAAGAAAAGAGCCUCUUAUACCACUUUCAUAUCCCAGCAUGCCUUGGACACGUCUUGGCACAGACUUGUUCGAGAUUGACAAGAAAAUGUACAUUGUUGUAGUAGACUACAACAGCCGAUGGUUCGAAGUCAAGCAGCUCCAUACAGUCACAGCCAGCGCAGUAAUACGCGUGAUGUGUGAACUCUUCGCAACGCAUGGCAUACCGGACACUGUGGUCUCGGAMAAUGGGCCGCAAUAUGCCUGCCAGGAGUUUAAAGAAUUCGCCAAGGACUGGGGAUUCCAGCACGUCACGUCCUCACCGAUCUAUCCCCAAGCUAAUGGUGAGGUCGAAAGAGCUGUGCAAACAGCCAAGAACAUACUCAGAAAGAACGCCAAUCCAUACCUAGGACUGCUAGCAUAUCGGACGGCACCCCUGCAGAAUGGGCUAACCCCCGCAGAACUGCUUAUGAGGCGGCGGCUUAGGACAAGAUUACCAGCGAUACCUGAAACCCUGGUACCCAACGAAGUUGACCGCAGGAAAGUUGAAAGAAAAGAAGAAGCAUAUAGAGAAAAGUAUGCCAAGAACUACAACCAGCACCACAAAGUUGUAUCUCUCCCAGCCCUCGAAGAAGGAGACCGAGUCUAUAUCCGUGACCAACGGAAGUACGGAGAGGUGCAAGGGAGACACUGCAACCCGAGGUCAUACAAGCUGCUAACGGAUACUGGCGCCAGAAUCAGACGAAACCGAAGUUCACUGAUCCACACCGGAGAGARCGCAGCCGCGAYRGAUGAAGGAUGCACAGCAACUACCACCACCRGCCAAGAUCCAUCAACCCCUCCGCAAGWGCACUUACCUCCAAUUGUCACGUCUCCCACCACGGAUGAAGCUCCYGUCCGUCGGUCUAGCAGACAUGUUAAGCCUWACCAACAGCCUGACAUGCAUUACUACUAG